AUGGUCCAAAAAGGUCAAGACUCUCACCAGGGCGGCAGUCUCUCCGACUUCGCCGUCAACGGCACCACCGUCCCCAACGACGCCGGCAAGAUGAACAUCCUCCCUUCCGUCCCUCGACCCGACCAGCGCGCCGACAACGCCGCCUUUGAAAACCAGGGCAUCGCCCGGCCCUCCACGGCUUUUGCCGCCGAUAAUGCUACCGAUUUACCCCGUUCAACUCGCGACGUCGGCCAGACCGGCCAAGUCCUCACUGGAACUGGUGACUCCCUGCCUGCGACGGUGGAAUCCAAGCGCGCUUUCAUGGGGAACAAUGAGCCCAAGGGCGUGAGUCGGCACCGAGAUGAGAAGCAUCAUGUGCAGACUCGUAGUCAGUUCGAUACGUAUGCGCAUGAGGAUGCGGAUGCUGCGGAGAAUAUUGGGGAGCACCAGCUUCGGGACCAGUAG